UGCGCUGUGCAGAGCUGCAGAUCCAGUUGACAGAGGCUGUGUCCACGCUGGCUGGCCAGAAGGAGCUCAUCGCCAAGCUGGAGCACGACCUCAGCACCAUCCAGGCCCUGUCCGCCGUGCAUCGCCCGGAUGCGGAGGGUGCGGCCGUCCCCAGCCUGGAGAAGAUACCUGAGCCCAUCAAGGAGGCCACAGCACUGUUUUAUGGUCACCCGCCGUCCCCCAGCACCUCGUUCCCCGAGGGGCAGGUGGACUCACUCCUCUCCAUCAUCUCCAGCCAGAGGGAACGCUUCCGGGCCAGGAACCAGGAGCUGGAGGGGGAGAACCGCAUGAUGCAGCACACGGUGCAUGCCCUGCAGAGCGAGCUGGACAACCUGAGAGCUGACAACAUCAAGCUCUACGAGAAGAUCAAGUUCCUCCAGAGCUACCCCGGCCGGGGCGGCAGCAGGGAUGACACCGAGCAGCGCUACUCCUCCCAGUACGAAGAGCGCCUGGACCCCUUCUCCUCCUUCAGCAGGCAGGAACGCCAGCGGAAGUACCUGAGCCUCAGUCCCUGGGAUAAAGCCACGCUGAGCAUGGGGCGGCUCAUCCUGUCCAACAAGACAGCUCGGACCAUUGCCUUCUUCUAUACCCUGUUCCUGCACUGCCUCGUCUUCCUCGUCCUCUACAAAACAGCCUGGAGCGAGAGCGUGGGAAGGGACUGUGCUGCCUACUGCGCUAAGAAGUACGCCGACCACGUCCACAAGUUUCACGAGAACGGGGACGCGGGCGACAUGUGGCAGUGACGGACAGAC